AUGGCGGCUGCUGUUGCUGAGGUGCCGACGCAAGAAAGCGUGAACGGAAAGGUAAAAUAAGUGGACUUAUAUUGUUUAGGUUAUCUUCUGUUUGAUCCUUGAUUUCUUUCUUGCAGCUUUCUUUUGUGUUUUAGGGUUCGUUUCCGCCUGAAACGUACAAAAAGUGGCACUUUGAACAUGCAUUUGUUAACUCCGUUGAAACAAGAAUAAAUUUAAUCCUCGUGUUGUUUAAAAUCGUGAGCGAAAUUAUUGAUGGUUCAGUAUGGAUAUUUUUUAUCGCUAUGUGUAGCAUAUGUCUCUUUGUUUAUUUUAAUGUUUAUUUUAAAAGCUAAGCUCAUUUCGUAAAAAAUAUGUAUUCGGCGAUAAACUGUAUAGAUAAACUUUCAAGACUGCGGCAGCUUUAAUUUCCUUGCUUGAUCCCAUGGAUGCGUUCAUCAACUAAUCAGUUGACCUUCAGCGAAAUAACCGUUCAAAAUUAUACUAAUGGCUUUCGUUAUUUUAGUUUACCUCGUACACUGCUGUUUGGGCAGUAAUGUAAAAUGCUUACUUUCGAUUGCAAGAUAUUCAGCUCAAGCAGGAACUUCAUGAGUGUGUUUGUCCGACGAUGUGUAGUCUAAGAGUCUAGUUGUCCACAGGGCAGCUAAUGGUAAUUACUUAUACCUGAUCACUUUGAGUAUUCUCGGUAGCUGUUUGCUGGGUGAUGUGUGUAGUCAUUUCAUGUUGAUCACAACUGGGAGUUAGAGGGUUUGUCAAAACCAUAGCAAAAUUUUAAAACAUGGUUGGUUAUCUUCAGCCCCAUUUGCACUUUAAUAGGGCAUGUUAUGCUUGUAAUUGGACAGGGUAAUAGGACAGUUGACACAUUGUGUGUGUGUUGGUGGACGAUAAGCGUCACGUGUACCCUGUUGUUGCACAUUUUACCAAGUUAACUAUUUGUUUUUUUAAGGAAAAUGUAUAGUGGUUGUCUAGAUUCUCUCUCAAAUUUUUUCAUAGUUUUUAUUAAUUGGUGACAGGACUUCGCAUUGUCCAAUUUGGUUGGUAAUCAUACUCAUGAUUAACAUAUCGGACUCCCGCUUGGCAGUUGUUUGAGUUUGUUGUUCACUGGUAUGAUUACAGACUGAAUUAAACUUUACUCAGUCCUGUUACCAUUAUUAACAAAACAUACUGCCCUAUCCACCAGAUGAAGAUUUUUCCAAUGGAUAGCAUUGUCCAUCCUUUGAACAACUGGGAUCAAUAACUAAACAUUUUGGCUCUUCGUACACAUUGUAGGUUGAUCAGUUGGCUGCUCAAGCACCUGAAGAGAAGACAAAUGGCGAAGGUGAUGGUAGCCAACGGAGAAGACGGAAAAGAGGCUUUGAUGUUGGGCCAGGGGGAGGUUUGUUGGUCUUUGAAAUAGAUCUUCAAUAAUGCUCAUGAAAGAGUGCAAAGCUUUGGCUCCUACAUGUACUUGAACACUCUGCGAUAUUAUAUAUCAUCUCUAUAUUUUUAUUUCGGAAGCUUUGAGCAGAACAUGCACAUGCAGUUGAAGAACAAAAAAAACAGACCAACCCAACUUUCUUGGGUUCAUCUAGUGUAGCUGAUUCAAGACAUUCAAAAUCCCUCUCUUUAAACUACACACAGUGUUUAAAAAUUUGGGCCUCAAAGUUUUCAAACAGCAAGAGAAACCUAAAUUUUCUUGUUUUUAUGUUUUCAAGACUUUCAGCUGUUGCCUCUUCAGCAACAGCUGUAAGCACAAACGGAAUCCUUUGAUCAAAACAAUAGCAUAUUACACACAUCUGGCAAUUUAAUAGCCUUUGUUUAUUAUGCUACCACUACAAGAAAACUUGAAUAUAAAUGAAAAGCUUCCUGAACCAGUAGUAAUGUCCUAAAAUCCUGUUUGAGUUAAAAACAUCAGUACAAGCUGGAGCAAGAGUACUCUUCAUACCACAUGUAGUAACUUGCUGUAAAUCUUCAUUCCUUUUCUUUUUUUUUUUUACGGUGGUUGUAUUAAUACAGUGUAGAUGGAUGAUAACAUUUCUUUUUGCUUUCUCUCUUUUUUUCUCUUUCUCUGUUUUUUGUCUUUUGCAUCCAAAUCAAGUUAGCCAGUGCCGGUUUGGCUUGAAGCCAGGAUAAUCAUCAUGACACUGACUCGAUCUUUGGUGGUAAAACAAGUGUAUAAUGGUUUAGAAAUAUUUAUACCUGUAAUGAAGAGUUAUUCUAUCAGUACUCUGUCACUUUUGUCAAAGAGACUGACUGACAUUAUCAAAUGCAAAUCUGUUGGAAAGGGAUAAUUUUAUCCUAUAGAAUACGUGGAAACUUUUUUUUUUGAUCAUUUGUUUUCACACAUUGACCGACAUGCUAACAAAUGCUGAAAAGAUUUAGACCUAAAACUUUCUCUUUUGGCUGACAUCGCAUCAAUAUUCGACAAAUUUGAUUCUUAACUCAUCAUGCCAGAAAUUUUUCUUUUAAAAGGUGUGCUUGUUGAUGGAACUCCGAUUAAACAUGAAGGUGGUUAUAGGUUUAUCAUUGAUAUCUUCAUGAUUGCUAUAUAAUUAUCCCAUAGAAUCACCUGUGGCUGGCGCAGCAAAUGGAGAUGUAGAAGAUCAACCUAUUGAUGAUGGAUCAAAUGGAGAACUUGUUAUUGGGCCAGGAGCAGGUGGUAUGCAGCCACGCCCCUCAGAAGUAAAAAGGGCACUGCCUCCUCUGACCUAUCAACAGGAAGAGAUGCUCAAGAAGGCAAAGAGAUUUGCAAUGGAACAGUCUGUCCAACAGGUCAGAUUUUGAAACAUGAAAUCUUUUAGUGUGGUGGUGUUGGUUGAACUGCAUGGAAAAUUUAGGCUAAGAGUUUUCUGUUCCAUAGUUAUUGCCUUUUUUCAUCAUCCAUUGUUGUGGUCAAUGCUACUCUAACUUAAGAACUCUCAAGCAGACAAAUUGCUUUGCGGUCAUGAUAAUUUAUUUAUAGUAAUGAGGUAGAUAAACGUUCUUUCCCUCCAUCCCUUCGGCCACUGAAUAUUAAAAUUUUUAUCAGGGUUCCAAACACAAUUUGAAGUUUUGAAAGAGUAGUGAAAUUUGUGAGCGAGUAUUGUCAGCUUGGAAAACAGCAUACUUAACUUCCAGCCUUGAUCUGUGAAACAAAAACUGAAUGUAUGCAAAUUGCCAUGGCCUGAGCCCUUAGCAGCUGCCUUUUUCUCAUGCUACAGUAGGUGUUUUUACUCGUCACAGUUGUGUCUGGAAAGUGUUAAGAUUAACUUGGAAUCUUUUCCAUAGAUAUGUAUAAAAACCCUUUAUAUAAUAGCCUGUAUCUGUGAUCUUACCCUUUUUUCUCUCAGGUGUUAGCAAAACAGCAAGCUCUCCAACAGCAACAGAUGUCUGCCCUACAGACAGCUGCUCAAAGACAGAGAGCAUUAGCUCUAAUGUGCAGGUAGACUGAGAAGUCAACAAUGUACUGUAGUUAUUCGGUUAUAAGGCGCACCGUUUUUUUCAAGAAAUUCCUAAUUUCUACUAAAAAUUACUACCAAAGUUUGGGUGCGUCUUAUAGGCGAAUAUUUUCCCGAAACAAUUUUUUUUUAUCACAGUUACUGGUACGAUUUCAAGCAAAUAAAAUGACACACACACAUUGACUUUUAUGAAUAUGGUGGUUCUGAAAAGACAAGGGAAGUCAAAUUUGCAUAGAUGUGAUACAUGCUCAAGAGCACGUGCUUAGUAAUUUGAUACGUCACAAAACGAAACGAAAAUAAACAAGCGAAGAGGUAAAUACCUUCUUCAUCCUUUCAGCCUUUUUAGUGCACGGAGACCUGCAUUCUCGGCAGUACAUCUUGUUUAAUCAAGGCUUUUGUUUGUGUGCGUGGUCGCGUGUGCGACAAUUCUGAUUUUGUUGAUUAAUGGUAAACUAAAAUCAAUACGCGACUUUUUCACUUUUUUGUAAGUUUAUGAAAGAAUUUACAAUAAACUUGACCGAUCUUUACUCCCCAAACAACGGUGCGCCUUAUAACCAAGUAUUUUAGUGAUUUUCUCAGUUUGAAAACAUGCAAUAAUGAAGUUGCCAAAUUGGGGGUGCGUCUUAUAGCCGAGUGUGCCUUAUAACCGAAUAACUACGGUAAUUACAGCCCUAGCAGUGUCUUUCAUGUUCUUCACUGAUGAAUGCCAAAUGGUCUAUGGUCUUUCUCCGAAUGUGCAUGAUUGUAGUUUGCAUUGUUGAACUGCCUCAUCUUGUAACAGAACUUUGGCAAAUUUUUUUCUAACACUCCCUAAUAUUUUUAUUGCAUGAACGUUGAGAAUUAAAAUAAUAUCUUUGAUAUUCUUUUGUUUUCAGGGUGUAUGUUGGGAGCAUCAAUUUUGAACUCCGUGAAGAACAUGUCCGACAAGCUUUUAUCCCUUUUGGUCCAAUUAAAAAGAUAGAUUUGUCAUGGGAUCCUUUGACCAUGAAACAUAAGGUAUGUUCGACUAACAAGCGGGGACCACUCUAUAGUAAAUUCUUCUUUUACUAGACUGCUCUUCUGGUACAUGCUGUACUUUUAAAUGAAAACCCUGUGUGCGUCAAGUUAUAUAGAUAUAUAUUCUAUUUAGGGCUUUGCGUUUGUGGAGUAUGACUUACCAGAGGCAGCCCAGCUUGCUUUGGAACAGAUGAAUGGUGUUCUGCUUGGAGGGAGAAACAUAAAGGUUAGUAUUUACGCCUUGUGUCCUUUUGCAGACAGUGAUUUUCCAUACUUCUGUGGGUCUUUUUGAUUAAAAAUAGUUUGUUGCUCUAUUAUUUCCGAGAUAGAAAAGUAGAGGUUUACAUCAAGAGUCAUUUGCAUUGCAAGUAAUGCUAACGUUUUUUGUCUGUUCAUCAGGUGGGUCGUCCAAGCAAUGUACCACAAGCAGCACCACUGAUUGAGCAGUUUGAGCAGGAAGCUAAGAAGUAUGCCAGAAUCUAUGUGGCUUCUGUUCAUGCAGAUUUGGCUGAGGAUGACAUAAAGAGGUGAUUGCAUUCAAAGUAUUAGAUUGUGGCAUACUCUUUACUGUAGUUCAAUUUUGAAGGUGACACAAGCUUGUUUGAUUCUUCUGUUAAAUUGACCUUCUCAUACAGUUCAGUUUUUUUUUAUUAUUUUCCGUGAGUGAUUGUAGCCAUUUUGUUGGAAAAGUAGUUUUGCUUGUGUAGGUGUAGGCUCGUUUUCUGUUUUUCUUGGGCAUAAAUUUAUUGUUUGCCUGUUUCUUUGCAUAUUAGUGUAUUUGAAGCAUUUGGUAAAGUGCGCAGCUGUGCUCUUGCUCCAGACACCAUGCCAGGAAAGCACAAGGGCUACGGCUUCUUAGAAUAUGAAAACCAACAGUCAGCCACAGAUGCCAUAGCCUCCAUGAACUUGUUUGAUCUUGGUGGACAGUACUUGAGAGUAGGUCGAGCCAUCACACCCCCAGCAUCGGCACAGACUAGUAACGGUACAUUGCCACCUGCAGCUGCAUUAGCUGCUGCUGCGGUGUCAGCAAAGAUACAAGCACAGGAGCAGGGGCUGACAAGCACAUGUAAGGAUGAAUAAGUUUGUGCAAGUUAGAUUUAAACUUGGCUUCUGCAAGUGGUAACAUUUUUGAGACCAGAUGUAAACCAAAGAGAGUUUUAUGAAUUCAUGGAUGAAACCAGAUUUAGGGCAGCAGGAUUUUCAGGUUUUAAUAAUCCAGCAAAAUUUUCUCCUGUUAUAGUCAUGAAACAAAAUUGAAAAUAAACAACAAUUGAGUUUGGUGGACAAACUAUAUGACAAAGUCAAAUAAUUUGAAUUAUUCCUUACAAGCAUGUGGGACCCUUUUGGAAUUUUUAUAAAAGACACCCAAAGUCUAAGAUAAGGUUUCUAUGUUACUGAUAUAAUGGGAAAGGUUUACUGGACAGUCAUCUGUAAAGAGGUGUAAAAUACUUUGUUAUGUAAGAGACUAGCACAAAAAUCCCAAACAAGAUUGCUUAAAAAUAUCAGGAAUUGGGAAAAAACUGUGUAACUGUAAAAUUUUCAGAUCUAAAAUGUUCAGUUCCAAGAUCCAAAAUCCACAUAUAUGAACAAAUAAACAAACAAAAAAUUAGGCUCAUUUUUUUUUUAUUUCGUAUAUUUUGUUCUUUGUUCCCAGUCCCAGCCAUUACAAUUGCUGGGAGUACAGUGAUCACUUCCAUAGUGGGUACAGCAGGCCUGGUUGCUCUGCCAACCAUGGCAGCUGGAACCCUUGCCCCUGGAACUCUUGCACCAGGAGUGAUGUCAACAAGUAUUGCAGCACAGCCAAUUAUGACAGCAUCUACAGCACUGCUAGCAGGUAAUGUCUUUCCCUUUCCCUCACCCCUUCCCCCAUUUACCUAAUCCAUUCCUUUUAAGCUACAUGUACUGUUUUGCCAAUAGACAAAAAAAGUGCUCUAGUAGAAAAAGUAACCCACUCUGCAGGUUACUGUAGUUGCAUUUUUAAGAUAUUGUGAUUUAAGAUGCUAGAAUUGAGUGACCAAUGCAUGCAUGUGUGCUAUUCCUAGUCAAGUUAGUCACUCAUUUGAUUUGAUUAUAAAUCAGUAGUUUACUGUUUUAUUCUUAGGUCCCCCAACAGCAGUUGUGACACCAGUGCCUGCAACACCUGUGGUAACCACCACAGGCCUACCAGUCCAGUCAGCAGCUGUUCAACAGCUACAAAUUCAACAGCAACAACUUCUUGAACAGCAACAACAACUUGUACAGCAACAGCAGUUGCAACAACAGCAGCUGCAGCAGCAAUCGGCCCAGGUUAUUGCAGCACAACAGGCUGAGGUGCGUGCCAAGAUUGAAGAGGAGACGCAGAGAAAAGUGGCAGAGAGUAGCAUAAGUCAUGAGGAGAACAUGUCAAUAUCUGGUAGUAAUGCCAGGUAUAUGGUCAUGCAGAAACUGUCUCGCAAAAGUGAGGUGAGUGCUAUAUGAGGAAAUGAUCCUAGAUGUGAGUGUAAAACAGCUUUCUAUGCAGAUUUUCUUGGGAACAAAUAUUUAAAUAAUGUUGCCUAUUAUAGGCAUUCAGUCAGUGGCAACAAGCAAAAUGCUGGUAUGUGGCAGAAGGUGAUUGUAAUUGUCAGGUCACCAGUUUGUACAGACUCUAAUUCUUAUUUUUUCCUUUGCCUUAACCUUCCAUUGAUUUUUUGCACCUCUCUUUUUGCCCAUUUCCUUUCACUGAGAGCCUGGCACAAGCUGAUUGCUUGUGCAAGUUAUGUGAAGUAAGCAAGUAAAUUUGGUUUUUUUUAAAAUGAGCCAUCUCCUUAUUUCAGUCUAAAGUUCUGGUGCUGCGAAACAUGGUAGGAGUGGAAGAUUUGGAUGAAGAACUGGAGCAUGAGGUGACAGACGAGUGCAGCAAGUUUGGAGUGGUCAGUAGGGUGGUGAUUUAUAAUGAGAGACAAGGAGAGGAGGAGGAUGCUGAAGUCAUAGUUAAGAUAUUUGUGGAGUUCACUCAACCUUCAGGUGACUAGAAAUACUGUUAUCUUUAAUUAUUACUUGUACUGCCUUUGUGGUGAUAUGGAUUAAAGGUGGUGCAACUAGUGCGAUUAUCAUUGUAUGAACAGUUUCCACAAUCAUACAUAUGCUUAAUGGCAAACCAACAAUAGUCUUCACUGUCCCAAAUAACAUCUCGAGUGCCUGUUUUCUCUCCGAUCGUUCAAAUCAGUACAUCUAGUGCAAAGUAAAAUGUUGGCCAUUCAGAACUGUACCAGUCUUUGGUAUGCAUGUUUGCAAAGCUGUAACCAUGCUUUUAAUCAAAAUUCAAGUGAAAGCUGAAUCAAUACUUACCUUUUUCUUCACAGAAACCGAAAAAGCUGCUAAUGCUCUUAAUGGAAGAUGGUUUGGGGGCAGGGUUAUCAAAGCUGAAGGAUAUGAUGAACUGAAAUUUGGUGCUGGAGACUUAUCAGGAUAGACACUGCCCUUGUUCCCUGUGUAUUAUUUUGCACUCACAGAAAAAGAGAUACACUCUAGUUAGCUUUUUCCUGACUCAGUUCACUUAACCAUGGAACUGCUACCUGCUUAGAGUAUUUUGACUGAGUUUUUGGUAGUAGCAGCACUAGCUAUACUGGUGAACCAAAGAGAAAGAUGACAGAAUUCUGGCCAGCACCGACCAGCAUUUUCCCUCUCACAUGGCAUGCAAUGUUUCUUCUGACAGGAGCCCAUCAGCAGCAGCCUCUAUCUGCAUUGAUUCCUUGAGUCAACCCUUUCCCGAGUAGAUUUAUUUUUAGAACAACUUUUUGCUGUAGAAAGUAUCACCCUUUGGUCAAGUCAACCACGAACCACAAAAACUGGUUUUCCUCACAAAUACAUGUUUGGUGGGAGUUUGAUGUAAAACAUUAGGAUGGUGAAAGCUCUGUUUUGAUUAACCCUUUACACCCUAUCAUCAGUAUGCAUAUUCUCUAAACUGUUCUCUAUAUAUUUCCUGAGAUGCUGACAGGGAGAAUUUUUUAAACAAUCAAGAGCUUCUUUAGUUGGUGAUCAUUUCCUUUAUUCUCAUAACCUAGAUGUGUGAUUUGGGGAUGAUAUUGUAAGGAAAAAUAAUAUUAGGUGCUAAUUACUCUUAAGGGUUAAUGGAUUAAGACUUCCUUGGGGAGAUAGAGGCUCCUUUCCAUGGCCUCCUGCCCCUGUACAUAAUCUCUGUUACUUUUAAUGCUUUAAUGGGUCACCUGUGGUAUUUUGAUAGCACCUCAAACAUUUGCCUCUGAAGAGGAUUGAAACUGAAGAAAAGGUUCCCCUUUCUAUUUUCUAAAACUAAACGUUCCACAGUGUCUUCAAAGUUGCUUUGUUAGUAAAGAAUUAAGACUCUAGGUUUGAGAGAUUAGGAGAAAUGUCACACUGUUGUCAGGCGGUAAGUUGCUAAAGAAACUCUGGUGCUGCAUGGGGGUACUACAAGAUAAUUGGGUUUUAUCAACUGAGUGGAUAAAUGUAAAUUAACCUCUUUAGAGAGUUCCUAAGGCGGAUGCGUUGAGUGUUAGCCCUUCAUCAUUUGCCUUGACAAAGGGUGAAAAAUGUCAGCCUUAGAGAAGGUGUGCUAAUUUACAUCAUCAACUUACUUGAUAAAACCAAAUUAUGUUGCAACUAUUAAAAGCUCAAGCCCCACUCAGACAGUCUUAAUGUUGUUGUUUUCCUAAAUAAAAGCUUGGAAGUAAAAUCAUUUUGUAAUGGCUAGGUGCUUGCAAAUUCAAACCGAUUGAUUUGUGGUUAACAAAAAAAUUAAAGGCAAAAGGUUUGCUCCCCUUGAGGGCAAAAACUUUUAAAAAGUGUUGUUAUUUUUAACCAAACCUUAAGCAGUUCAUAGGCAACUUGUAAAUACUUAUGAAAAAUACGUUUACCUGUACAAUGUUAAUAAAACAACAAUAAUAAAAAAAACAAACAAAGGU